AUGUUCCGCGCUUGCCGGUGUUGUAUGCAGAAAGUGCCAGACACAGUGUCGGACCAGAAGGUCGGCAUCGGCAUGCUUGCCGCGACGUCGUUCGGGUGGGUGGCCAAGCAGGUUGACCUGCUGACGGGCGAGAAGGGUCGUGGUGCGGUGAGCAUCGAGAACAUCAAGACAAAGGGGCUGCGGUCGUUGCGAGACAGCAUGGUGGAGUACAUCUGCAAGCGCAUCACCGAAAAACGCUCUGCGGCACCGACAUCACAACCCGCCGACAGUGUGAUUGAUGACGACGGCGCGGAAAGACAGACGGCGCCCCAAGCAGCAGUUGCCGCCCAGCAUCAGGGGAACGCGAGGCCGGAGGAGGAGGACGAGGCGGUGAAGCGGAAGGACGAGGAGGAGGAGGAGGAGAAGGACGAGAAGGAUGACGUCGAUGAGGAGGAGGAAGGGAAGGAUGAGGAGGGGGAAGGGAAGGAUGGGGAGGGGGACGGGAAGGAUGAGGAGGGGGUGGAGGAAGUGGUGGAGUUUGAGGUGGAGUUCGAAGAGGAGGAAGCUGCGGUAGAGGCGGUGGGGUCGGUGGAUAAAAAGAACGAGGAAGCGGAGGAUGGCAAUGCGGGUAAUGAUACAAGGUCGGCAGAUGGGGGGAAGGAGAAGGAUGAGGUCGGCGUGGAGGCAAUGACGGAAAAGGGCCAAGAGGAGGCGGCAUGCGAAGGUGGGAAGGUGUCGGUCGACGCCGGCGAAGCGGCGAACACCACGAGCGUGCAGGAAACGGGGGACGCUUCUGGUAGGCAGGGUAAUGAGCUGGACGACGUCGAGCAGGUGCGACGGGAGAACUGGCUGUUGAGGGCGGAGAACGCUCGGCUGGCAACGUUGCUCGAUGCGGAGCAGGCUCGGCUGGACAGGUUUUUUGUUGGGAUACGUGGACUCGUCGACCACGUGAAGGAGUUGGCCGAGCAGGUCGACGACACCGAGAAGUAUGCCGCGGAACAGCUGCGAAACGCGACGGCGGCCAUGUUGAAGACAAUCACGGGCAACAUCACUGGCAGCUUCGACGAAGCGUGGAAGACGAUGAAGACCUUUGCGGAACACGCGACGGCGUGGUUGGAGGACUUCGACAACCCGCAGGGUCGUGUGGCAGUUGCACGCGCGGUAGCGGUCGACGCGUUGGCCGAGCAUGUGACUGAGCCCGCCGCAGCCGCCGCCACCGCCUCAGCCCACGCCGUGCAGCCGCCGCCACCGCCUCAGCCCACGCCGCCCGCCCUCCCGGAUGAGCUCUUGAAGUCGUUCAAGGCCGACAUUAUGAAGGCGGUGACGGAGGCCACCCAGCAGUCUUUCGUUGCUUCCGGGAUGAAGAUGAUGGCCGAGAUGAUCGGCACUGUGGCGCCUGGUCGACGUGGGUCGUCGCCGACGGCCAAUGACGGUGAUCACGCGCAACGGAAGACGGCCAACAAGCAGGGCCGGAAGAGGACAGGCGACAGAGAUGACAAGGAGAGCGCGAAGGGCGACGCGAAGCGGAGCAAGGGAUCGGACGGGAGCCGCGGCUCAAAGCCUGCGCCACAGAGCGUGGUCGACCAGCUGAAGACGAAGGCGGGGUGGAGGGUGAUAAGGACGUCGAACACCAAGGGUGGCGGAAGCGGGACGGCAGAGGGUGGCCCUGCCGACGGGGUUGCCGCUAACGUCACCGCUCAGCCAGGCCCGCCUUUGGUCGCCGAGCAGACCCAUCCUCAGGCGAGCGGUGGGAAAGUCGUGACCGACAAGGAGGUCCCAACUGCUCAGGCGGCGGAAGAUGGCGGCGCCGGAACCACCAAGGGACCGUCCGUCGCUGUGGCGGCCAAGGGCAACGCGAAGGCUGCUUCUGCUACGGUCGCCGGCACCACCAAGUGCCCUCCCCGUAACCCCCCUGCGGCUACCAGCGCGCCUGCCGGCCAGUCAGGUGCGACCAAAGAUGGGGAGGCCCGUGCGGCCCCUCCAGCUCCAGGAGCCCCGGCUACCGGCAAAGGCGGCGCGAAGGCUGCUUUGGCUAAGGGCGCUGCUCUGGCAUCAGCUAAGGGCCCCCCCGGUGCUGACGCGCUUAGGGAGAUGCUCCGCCGCAUGGAGUUACAUAGCAGGGACGUGCAGCAGCAUCCCGUGGUCGACGCCGGCCUUGCCGGAACAUCACGUCGCUCCGUCACUCCGCAGGUUGCCGGCACAUCGUCCGGGGCCCCACCUGCAGCGCAUCCGGUCGCCGCCCCACCGCCUGCGGACCCCAAGUCAGCGUUUCUACGCGCCCAUUUAGUCGGACACAAAGCGGUUGCUCCACCGGUGACUCAGCAGGAACACGGCAAAAGCGCGACGACGACGUCGGUAAACGUGACCGCACCCUCACCAGGUGCAGCUGUGGUCGAUGCACCGGCGGAGAGGGGAGUGAGUGCAGCGCUAGCCACCGGCGGCCGCGCCGACAAGCAUGCCAAACUCGCUGCCGUCCUGGCCCAUUUUGAAGCAGCAAAACGCCCUGAGCACGCCCCUGCUAUGGCCAUCAUGGACACGGCGCAUGUGGAGCCGUCGCCGACCCACGGAGGGGGAUCGGCGGAGCCGACGGCUGCAACGGGUGCUGUCGCCGAGAGAAAUGCGAGAGGGAAGGGGAAGGUUGACACCGGGAAAGGGAGGGCAGUCUCUCAGAGGAGCACGCGGGCGAUGUCGGCGGGGAAGGAGAUGUCGGAAGAGAAAGGGAAGAAGGCGGAAGGGAGUCAGGACAAGAAGGGCGGCAAGGGGAAGCCAGCGAAGAAGAAGGAGAAGGCGGAGGAGGAGGACGAGGAGGGUGGCGAGGGAGAUAAAGAGCAAGGACGCAGGGGUCAUGGCAUCCGCCAUGACAAGACCGGCGACUGGCAAGGGUGGGUGGGCGAGAUUAAGGUAAACGGACGGAAUGGAUACAUCGGCAAGUCGAGGGAGAAGAUGGAGCUGGCCUACGAGCACGCGAUUGCGUACGUUGUCUUCGACGGCUACGUGAGCAAGGUGCUCAUGAAGGAGCUCACCGUCUUGAAGCCGGGGGAGUUGGAGAAAUGGAAGGAGGUGUGGGAGGAGGUCAAGUUCUUACUGACUGGGUUGUGGACGGUGAUGUGGGCCAGAGGCUUGUGCCAUCCGAGAGCAAGGUUCGACGACAUACUCGGCAGGUACCGUGGGUACGUGAGGUCGGGUGAUGCGCUUCAUGGGGUGCUCUGGCCGGCGAUCUGGUUCCCCAUCAUAAAAAACACGGAGGAAGGCAAGGAGGAGACGGGGGCUCUCAUGUCGGCGAUGAUAAAUCGCGUGUCGAUGUGCGCGGCGUAUGGGAAAGUCGCGGCGAGCGCGGCGUUUGGGAAGGUUGACGAGAGCGUAGAAGGGAAUGCGGGAGAGAAGGCGGAGAUAGAAGGCGCGGAGGGGAAGGCGGACGAGAAGAAGGAGAUGGGGGCCCAGGCGUUAGCGGCAUCUGCAUGCGCCCUCUGGUGCUUCGUGGAGAUGGGAGCGUCGUUGCUUGGUGCUGUGGGCAAAGGGAAGGCGGCGGCGAUGGUGGCAGGUGCGGAGGAGGAGAGGGCGGAGGCAUUCAAGAAGGUGAUGCACGCGGUGAUCGACUUAGCACGCAGUCGGCCGGCUCCCGCGGGGGAGGUUGCCCAUAACGUCGCGCCAUCGCUGCAGCGCCAGGCAGUGGUCAGGGCCUUCGAGGAGGGAGUUCAGGAAGUCAAGGCCGACAUGAUCGCUAGAGCGACGGUCGAGACCUUGGCGUUCUGGGGAAUGUGCCCCGUCGCCGGGCCCAAGCUUAAAGAGCAGGGCAUCGAUGUGCCGUGUGACGCGAAGAUGGAGUACGAUAUGGAUCACAGGGGGAGGAAGUGGGAGAAGGUCAAGCAGGGCAAGGGCAGCAAGAGGAAGAAGGGCAAGGAGGGCAAGGGUAGUACGGAUGCGUAG